AUCAUUCACUUUGCAAAUUCUAUAGCACAUGUUAUUGUUUUUGAAAAUAAUAAAUUUUGUUUUUCAAAGUUUUCAACAAUCAUGGCCAAUAAAACGGUCAAAGAUGCUAUAACAGUUCAUGGAACUAAUCCUCAAUAUUUGAUUGAAAAAAUUAUCCGUGCACGAAUUUAUGAAAGUCGUUAUUGGAAAGAAGAAUGUUUCGGCCUAACAGCCGAACUUGUUGUCGAUAAAGGAUCAGAAUUACGUUACAUUGGUGGAUCAUAUGGUGGUAACAUUAAAACCACACCGUUUUUAUGUUUGACAUUGAAAUUACUACAGAUACAACCUGAAAAAGAUAUUGUCAUUGAAUUUAUACGGCAGGAAAAUUUCAAAUAUAUUCGUGCAUUAGGUGCAUUUUAUCUACGAUUAGUGGGAAAUCCUUUGGAUAUUUAUAAAUAUCUUGAACCAUUAUAUAAUGAUUAUCGAAAAUUACGUCGUAUGACUAAAAUGGGCACAUUCGAUGUCAUCUAUAUGGAUGAAUUUAUUGAUCUACUACUUCGUGAAGAUCGUGUAUUUGAUAUUAUAUUGCCACGUUUAACUAAACGUUUUGUGCAUGAAGAAAAUGGUGAAUUAACUAAACGUGUUAGUUUGAUUGAAGAAGAUUUGGAUCUUGAUGCCAAUCAUGAUGAUGAUGGUAACAGUGAUGAUGGUAAAAAUCAAUCGGAUGGAAAAGUAUCAACCGAUUCGGAUGAUGAGGAUCGACGUCGUCGUCAUAAGAAACGACGAUCGAGAACACCAGAUCGAUAUGGUUCACAUCAUGUCGAUAAUGAUGAUGGGGAUGAUCGUCGACGGCGACAUUAUCAUGGAUCAUCACCACCAACAAGCUCCCAUAGACGUAAUAAUGAUAAUGAUGAUUAUGACAAUGAUCGUCAUUCUCAUCGCCAUCAUUCACGACGACAACGGUCAUCAUCACGUGAACGUUAUGAUCAUCGUCGUCGAUCUCGUACACCGGAAAAACGUAACCGUGAUCAUCAUCAUCAUCGUAAAGAUCAAAGAAAAGAAAAUAGAGAACAGGAAAAAUCCAAAGAACCUAAAACCGAAGCCGAUGAAAUUGCCGAAAUGAAUGCAUUACGAGCAAAAUUGGGCCUAAAACCAUUAAGACCAUGAUGAAUUUAUAUUGUAUAUUUAUUUCAUUUUAUACGUACUAUAAACUAUAAUUUUUUUUGUACAAAUUUUAUUUA